CGGGGUGAACCCGAAUCCCGAGCGGAGGCGAGUCGACGAUCACCGGCGACCCAACACAGCAGCAGGUCCCCGGCCCGUGUCCUCGCCGGCGGCACACGCGGGAGUCGUAGGGAGGAGGAGGAGGAGGAGGGAGGAAAGGAAUGGCGCAACAUCGGACAGCCGAGCAACAGCCAUUGCGGCGACUGCUGCCCUGCCUGCUGCUGCUCCUGCUGCAAGCGGCGCGUUGCGUGCGCGCCAGCGCGGAGUACUGCCACGGGUGGCUGGACCCAAGCGGGACCUGGCACGACGGCUUCCCGUGCCCCGAACGAUUCGACACGGCCGAGGCGACCAUCUGCUGCGGCUCGUGCUCGCUGCGCUACUGCUGCACGGCGCCAGAGGCGAGGCUGGACCAGGGGCAGUGCCGGAACGACCGCACGGAGCCGCCGGGGGGACAGGGCAAGGAGGGCGACGCGCCACCCGGAGCCUCUGCGCUGCCCAUCUACGUGCCUUUCCUCAUCGUCGGAGCCAUCUUCGUGGCGUUCAUCCUCGUGGGCUCCCUCAUCGCCGUGUGCUGCUGCCGCUGCCUGCGCCCCAAGCGCCAGGCGGCGCAGAGCCGCCAGGCCGCCCAGUCUCGCCUCCUCGAGACGCUGCCCAUGAUACCCGGGGCAGCUCCGGGCUCCGUGGCCGGGGCGGCCGGCGGCGCCGGAGCUGGUUUUGCGCGAGCCCCCUCUCGCCAAUCCAGCAGCGCCACCAGUUCCACGUCCAACGGUGCCCCCAACGCGCCCGGGAUGACCGCCAACGCGCCCGCGGCGUCCUACAAGGCUCAAGGAGGCGGGCAGAUGCCCGGGCAGCAGCAUCAUCAGCUGAACUUCAAGAUGCCGGUAGGGUCAGGCAGAGCGCAAACCGGGGGACACAUCGCUCCUGGUGGUGCCGCGAUGAUGCUCAAGGCUCCUGCUCUGUGCGCCUCCUCUGCGCAAGUGGCCGGGCGAGCUGGCCCCGUGGACACGGUGAACACUUACUACAGCUACCCCUACGGGUACCCGUUCCACGCGGCGCACCAUCACCACCACCAGCAGCAGCAACAGCAGCAGCAGCAAUUUCAUCAUCACCAGCAGCAACAGCAGCAGCAAGCGGCAGCGGCCGCGGGAUUGUUCAUGCGGCCCCAGCAGUACGUGAUCUACUCGGUGCAGGGCGAGUACAGCCAGGCGCACGCGCAGGCGCAGGCACAAGCGCAGGCGCAAGCUCAGGCGCAAGCUCAGGCGCAGGCGUACGCCAUGCACGGGCACGCGCCGCACGGACACGCGCACUCCGCGAGCGAGGCCGGGGUGCGGCCCGCUCUGGGUGCUCCGGCGCCGGGCGACGCUGCGCGGGCAGCGACCCAGCAGCAGCAGCUCACGGCCACCGCGGCGUCGACCCAGGCUCCGGCGCCGGGGACCGUUCCCGCGGCCGGAGAAGCCGCGCAGGGCCCCGGGGGGACGGCCAACGGCCCCGCGUCAGAGGCCAAUGGCCUGGGUCAAGCGGCGGUGGCGGGCUCGGCGCCCCCACGGCACAGCGGAGCGCCGAGUCAGGAAGAGGGCAGCGUAGCCCCGGCUCACAUGUGCGUCUGAAGUGCGUCUGAAGCGCGCGCGGGCGCACGUCCCCACGGACGGUGCGGAUGGCGGUGGGAGUCGUGGGGGGAAGACGGAGAUUGACGACGCGGGUCUUCGACAGUCGCCGAGGUGAAGAGAAUGAACGCCCAACCGGACGAGGGACACGCCUCCCCAAGUGUGCUUCUGGCCCGCGAAGUGAACGCUGCCAGACACUCCACGCCCGAAACGUGUGAUUUGCGCGAGUCGCUUUUUCGUUUCAUCAUCAUCAGCAGCCAUGGGCAAUCCACUGCUGAAUUAUGGCAUCCCUACGUGGUCACCUCCUCUCACGAUCCUGAGAUGUAAUUAUAAUUAUAGUAAUCCAGCUAUAGUACCUGGCCGCACACGCGGUGAUUCCUCGGUCUCAUCAUCUCCCGGAGAGAUGCAGCUCUUAAUGUCAUGCCCGGUUUUUUUUUUUGCGCAUUAGCAUCACGGGUUCAGAAACGUGCCACGUGCACAGCAUCGGAACGAGGUGACGUGGCCCAUUGAUGACUCGUCGCGGGUGUGCGCGUGUUUAUUUUCUUUAUGCGUGCCUCAUCAGGUUCAAGUGAAUUCUCACCAUUUCAAAAGGUGUGCGCCCGCGCUCGGUCAAUGGCUUGGAUUCUGUCUGGAUUCUGUCUGGAUUUGUAUCUGUAGGAUCGUGUCGUUAAAUCCGGGUCCACGUCUCCAUCCGUGCUUCAUCGGUUCCACGGGGAAUUGAAGCGUAAGUUUACGUGGCACACCAAUUUCAUGAAUUCGGCAGUUUAGUGUUCUCCAAAAAUGUUAGAUUUCAGCAGCAACAUUGUCACUGCUUUCUUCUGGAGUACUCCGUUUUCACUGUCACUCCAUGUGUACCUUAUAAAUUAUAAGUCGGUGUACGUUUGCUGAACUUUAUUACGAAUGUAGUAAAUAUCUGCACGCCGGCUUUUUUUACCACAAAAAGCGAGCGAGCGUGAGAGAUUUCUCUAAUAAACCAAGCGAGUUGGGUCUGUCGCGCGACCACCAAUCCCGCGAUAAUUAGGCCGCAUUAAUACUCGGCGCGAGUGUUAGUGCGGCUGGAGGCUGAUAUAUUGCCAUUUAUUUUGUACUAAGUACAUAUAUUACUGUACAGUCGUUUCGUGCGUGCGGGAGCAAUUGUCCAUUCUCGCCACCAUUAAAAUCAGCUUACGCAGCACCAGCAACAGCCAUUCCUUACAAUUAAGAUUAUACAAUUAUACAAACGCGGUGCGGUGGAGAGAUUAUAAUGACAGACAAGAUCUUGCGCUCUUGUAUGGGGUGUUUUUUUAUUUUCUUUUAAAAAAAAAAAGCGCUCUCGUUUUGUCAUUAGGCAAUGCCUAAUGUAGACGGGGGGCACAAGGUGAAAUAAGUUUUAUUUAUAUAUAUAUUUUAAAACGUUCACUGUGUAAUGCCCCUGCAAUUCUGCAUCGCCUUUACCCGCUGAUACACACACACACAGAGAAUAGUUAAUUGUGUUCACGUGCAGGGCCCCUGCAUACUCAUUAAACCGCUUGGGAUUUACUCUUGAAUAGCAAAUGUAGAAUUUAAUUAUAUUUAAAGGCCUCUUCUGCCCCAUUACAAUGGCCCGUUAUUGUUUAUGCGAGUCUCUUAAUGGUUUAGAAAUAGCGCUUACGUAAUUGUGGCUGUCUCUAGCCCCUGACACUCGCGACUUGUUUUAUCCAUUACCGAUAAAGAUGUGUUUUUUUAAGAGAACCACAGAAUUGCUUAUCAUAAAUUAAGUGCUCAUAUGCUGUGCGCUGGGCUUAAUUUAAAUCGGAGGUGUCCGGGGCUGAGCUCCGGAAAAAAACACAUUUACUCCGCACCCGAUAUCACCGUUUGGGAGGUCCUGGAAAAUAUUCCAAGAGAAAUGAGGCCCUGGCCAUGUGUAUGGGGAAUGGAAAAAAAGCGUGAGGGCCAUGUUUUGAAAAUGAGACACCAGAGUGUGCAAAAAUUCUCGAACAUUACGGUUGCUGUGGUCCUAGUGUACUGCCCUAUUGUCAAUCGAGGGCCUCCCGCAUGUGGUUACAAGUCGUGGUUGGUUUAUUUGACCAUACUUCACCACGCUGGUCCAGUUCGAGUUGGUGGUCGCACAUCCAAACGCGCUCGACUCAACUCUGCUUAGCGGUGCCCACGAUCCAACGACAUUGGGAGCGCAAUUCGGGUGAUUUGGAGCGGAUUAUUGUCAUGAAAAUGCGUUUUUAAAAAAAUAUCCACAAAAUCGGUCAGUGUUGCUAUAAACUAAUGCACGCCACUUGUACGGUGCAAUGUGCAACAACCUCGAGAUACGGCAAUCCAGAGCAGUACUUUGUAAAACUGUACAUUGAUAACACACACACCAUGGACAUAUUAAACAUUUGGGUGUGCAUAAAGACGUGUCGCCUUCACAGCCUGUGGGGCAAGUGCUGUUAGCGAGCGAAUAGAUAAAUAUUUGAAGGCCGGCACGCACAACGAGGGGGUGGGUGGCCAGCACCACGCCCGGCCGCCUUACACACGCACAUACGCCUUAUUCACACACACACACACGCCGGUUAAUGCUGUGUUAAUGGCUGUGAGUCACGUGUACUUCAGAGCCGACGCUACGUUUGUCUGCACUACAAUAUUGUAAAAAGCUUUCGUAAUUAUUCAUACGGUGCCAAUGUUUCUGAACUGAAAUCGUCGUUACUUGUUACUGUACAACAACCAUGUUUUUACAAAAUAAACAGGGCUAAAAUAUGCACUUCUCAUUUCGUGUUUUGCCAAAACGUUAUUUCUCAGGAUUGUUUUCAAUAGAAUGAGAAUUUACAUUUUUACACCUACCACGCUGUCUUUCCUUGUUUACCAAUUUACUUUAAAUAUAAAUGUAUUUCUGCCCCGCUGCACUCACCCGAUGACUGUUAAACAAAUCCCAGGUGAUACGCUAAGCAAUUAACACUUCGUUAAUAGAUCCGAUUCAAAUUAAGAUCUCGCUGUGCGCACGUGCUCCACGCGACUGCAGACAGCGUUAAAUGCUUUGCGUGUCACGUGGGACGUGUUUAACAAUCAUCAGGUGCGUGAAGCGUGACAAGAACUUAAUUUGUAUUACAAUGGGGAGUAAAUUGGUCAACGCGGAAAGACAAGGCAGCUCUCGGUGGGUCGCGCCGACUCGAGUUUUAGAAAGUCUUAACGCGUGCGAUUAAGAUGCAUCUUAAAAUGGUUCCGUCUGUUCAAACUUUAAAUCUUUCCGGAUUAUUAUGAGUAGGAACUUCUUGACAGGUCUAAAGGAAGCAGUGAGGCAUUUUUGGGUUCAGAAAAAACUAAUUACAUUAAACAUACACCACGGGUUUUAUAUCCUGUAUAUCCUGUACCCCACCCCAUUAUACAUUUCAACUUAUGUGACCCAGAUGUUCUUGUAUGUAAUACCAAACAACACAUGCAACACAUUGGGGGAGGGGGCGGGGAAACGUAUCCAAACGCAUUAUUUUUUUUCACACCGUCUGCAGCCACAGUAGCAUUCAUUCUAUGAAAUCACUUGUCAAAAACACACCAUUUCUAUACUCUUUGGUUGUUUCGGUAAAGUCACGUGGGUAUAAAAUAAAAUAAGGUGGGAAAGCACCUGAUGAUGAUUGCUUGUGUUGCGCCCGAAACGCCGUGAUUUAUUUAAUUUGAUACCUACCGUGACUUUACCGAAAUAACCAAAGAGUAUGGAUUCCUGCAGUCACGAAAGCUUCAAAUCAACAUCAUGUCGACCAUAUAUGUUUGUUGUUCAAACCCGCCCAGAGUAACAUGCGAAUCUUUACAAGUUUUACACCGGCGGGCAAAACAACAACAAAAACCUAUCCAGCGGCGUGGACACUUUAAUUUUGAAAGUUGUUCUUUAAUAAGACGACAACAAUGAACAGCGAAACAAAAACACAAAUACACAGGAACCCCCUUGCAAACGGGCUCAAGAGAUGAGCGCUGGCCAUGCAACCGCCGUGACGCGCUUCAAUAAAUAGGAGUUGUUUGGAUGGUGGUGGUGGUGGGAGGGGGCGGCGAGUUCCUCUGUGACGUGGAGCAAGCAACAGCGAUUUACUCACAACCCACCCGUGCCCGAGAGACACGCGCGCACACGGACGCCGACGAGACGACGACGAGGAGGAGGAGGAGACACCGUCGCGAGACUGGGCGCUAGCGAACCAUUCCGAGCAUCAUGCGGCGCCUUCGGUGGACGCGCCGCCGACGCACAGCGGCGCGAACUCAGCGGCUCAAGGCGCGGGCGACGACGGCCGACGGACAGAGCCAUGCGCGCCAACUUGUAACGCGAACAGAGAAACCCCCACCGUGGAGUGUUCCUGCGGAUCUGAAAAACCUGCGGGGUUAAACCGGUGGAUCGACUUCCGUUGGUGCGGCGCAGCACGGCACAUUUACGGUCGCACCUCGGGGCUUUGUGCCGUGCACAUCAUAACUCAGUAGUUUUAACGGAUAUGCUCGAACGUCUACUUCCUUUUGUCCACGUAAAGGAAGGAAAACAAACAACUUAAAUCAUUUAAGACAAACUAGACAUUUGAAAAUGCAAAAGUGAUAUUUUGCGUUUCUUUAUAUUCCCAAGGGACUCAGAAGAACAUUCACAAUACUGCAAACAACAUUUUAGUCACAAGCCCACAGAAUGCAGUGAGAAUUGUAAGGUUUUUUUUCGUUAAGUAACUUAAACAUACGCAAAUAUUGAUAUAGAAAAAAAAAAACUUCGUGAAAAUCCAUUUCUCUGCAAUAACCUUGUUCACAUGCACAUUUUGACGUUACAUUGCAGCGUCUACGUUUUCCAUUUGACCUGUCAGGAUACUUUUGCUUGACUCUAUGAGCCACAGGCAUUUUACUGCACAUCACGAAGACUGAAAGAAACUUUAGUACGAGAAAUCUACAGUGAACUUGACAAAGAAAAAGCAUACACAACACAAAUGUGAACACAAACUCACAAGAGCACGCACGCACACAAGCACCACCUACUCUCCUCGGGACAAUUAUCUGUACUCCAACUACAUCAAAUUUAUGUUUUGACUUGUUUGGUCGUGUGGUUACGGUGAAUGAACGGAGAGCAUGGACAGAGUGCAGAUGCUUCUAAAAUGAGGCUGUUUAAGAAACACUCGUGCUCUGUAGAGUUUCUGGUUUUGGUCAAGAGGCACUUUCUUUCAUUUAAACUUUCACAAAACAGUAGAGAGCUUCUCUCUGUGUUGACCAGCAGGGUUUUGCUUUGAUUUCAAAAGCAAUUUAGGAAAAUCUCAACAACAACAACAAAAGUGCUCGUCGAUAAAAAAGCACACUUGUUAUGUUAUGAAAAUAUCACUGCAUGGCCUGGUUCAUAAAUACAAUCGUCGUGUACCACCAAAACACACACACGUUAGUUUUGUAUAAGACCAAAUUCAUGGGGUUGGUGGUGUGCAGGGGUGGAUGUGUAGCAGAGGGGGGGGGGUGUAGUGGUUUUUAGUUUUAGGGGCACAGUGGAAGGAGAGUUUUGUUCCUUUUCAUUUACUUCCACCCCCCACCCCCCAGAAAAAAAGCAGAGUUUUCUAGUGCACAGAAAGGAAUAUAAUUGGUGUGGCCCCAGUGUCCUGAAUGCUAACAGGGCAGCCUUUGAGGCCUCCCUUCAUUCCAAUGGCAGGAGCAUGGCUGUUAAUGGGUGGAAUCAGAGGGCCCUUCACCUCUCCCCCAUCUUGAUGACAACAAAGAUGGAGCCACAAUGCCCGUGGAACCACACCCACCCCAGCCACAUCGCGGUGCCCAGAAAACGGGGUUCCUUUUUUUCUUUCCCACAAUUCCGCGCACAGUACUUGGAUGCCUAAUUAGGACUGUGAAUCUGGUGACAAAAUAGCUAAAGGGAAAAUAUAUGGAUUUAUGGUGAUAACAUUGCGAUAAAAUGGUCAAAGUGCAGCGAGCUACGUACGAACGUGCCAGGUCAAGCAGCUCGUAAAUAAAUGUCUGAUUAAUAUGGAUGGAGAUUUACCUUCCACUGAAAAAAAAAAAUCAAAUAGCUGGAAAAAGUAUAUGUAAAUAAAAGGAGACAGACAGACAUAAUAGACACUGGUAAAAAAAAAACCCCGAGAGAGAUGCAGGGAUAGGAGACAGCCAGGGUUGUGAGAG